UCACACGGUUCUGCCAUGUUUCGAAUGCUGAACAGCGAUGAUUACAGUCCAGCGGCGCAGCAAACCUCUUCCCUACUUUGGACGGCGCAUCGCAGCUCAAAUUACCGACGUGAAAUAGGAGGAAAUGGUAAAGAGAGCGGCCAGGGCCACGUCAAACGACCCAUGAACGCAUUCAUGGUGUGGUCUCGAGAUCAAAGGCGCAAGGUCGCUCUGGAGAAUCCCCAAAUGCGAAACUCGGAGAUCAGCAAGCGUCUCGGGUACCAGUGGAAAGUGCUUACAGAAGCAGAAAAAUGGCCAUUCUUCCAGGAGGCACAGAGACUACAGGCAGUACACCGCGAGAAAUACCCGGACUAUAAAUACCGACCUCGUCGGAAGACCAAGAAGCCACAGAAAAGCGGCGAAUCGCUACCCACAGAGCCGUCCACAGUAACAUGCACUCAGGUGGUCGGAAACGAAAGGCUGUACCCGUUCAGAAAUCAGGACGGCGGCACUGAGGCCACACAGGCACGGCUGGAGGACCAGCUGAGUCACUCACAGCUGUUAAACACAGCCAGCAAGCUGCUGCAAGCGCCAGGGACCUCGACAAGCCUGCAUGACUACUGGGCAACUACGCAGAUCCACGCCGACAUUCCCGGUCACCGUAGUUUACAGCCCGGACUUCCUCACGUUUAUUUUCCGUAG